AUGUCUUACGCUCCGAUCCUCUCGCAUCUGUCGCCCGCGUCGCUGGGCGAGGUGGUCAAGAUGGCCGACCAACGGAUGGACGUCGAGACGCCCUACGUGUUUCCGAUUGCAUUCGUCACGCUACUCUUCAUCCUCUACUUUGUGGCCAAUCUGCUUCACGGCUUGCUUCUGCCACGUAUGGUUGGACGAAAGUGGCGGGAUAUCAAGGCGGAGCACCGCCGAACGCUGGUGGUGUACGUGCUGCAGCUGGUGAUCACGACGGUGGUGGUGGCGAUGCAGUUGUCCGUGUGCUCGUUGAUCAGCCUGCGGUUCGCGCUGUGGAAGGUGAACGUGGUGCGUGCAUGUGCAUGCCUCAUCGCAGCACUGUACCUGUUCGAACUGAUAUACCGGUAUCGCAUGACGUAUCCGAUGAUCGCGCACCACCUCAUCACGUGUUUCGCCAUGAGCCUGGCGUUGGUCAUGUGCGAACGGCUGCAGGAUCCAUCGUACGUCAUCACAGGCCUCCUGUGGAUCUUCCAAGCAACAACAGAGCAGACGACGUUUGUGGCGCUGUUCAUGUACAGACUCAAGGCCCCGGCGAGGAUGCUGCGUACGGUGUUUAGGAUCGCAGCCGUGCAGAGCAUCGUGUUCAAGUUCGCCUCGAUUGCCGGAACGAUCUGGAUGUGGAUCAAGUUUCAGCGCAAGGCAGAUGGACAGCUGUACACGGCCUGGGAUGCGUUGUAUUGGAUCUGCACCGUCGGGCUGGCGGUGACCCAGGUGUGGGGCGCGUGGGUGGUGUGGAAGAUGGGCGACUCGCUGGAGCAGAGGUACAGCCAAAAGAGCCAACAAGAGGACGACCUUCACUUCACCCCAGUGCUCGUAUCCAGCAACGCAGCAAGGAAGCAGCAGAGCAGGCAGAGCAGCACCACGGCCUCGGUCGAGUCGAGCCGCAAGACGUCGCGCAACGUCAGCUGCGAUCUGGAAAAGGCGGCCUUUGAGCUCGAGCUCACCACGCGUAGCUAG